AUGACGAAGGGGCAACAGUACCUCGACGUGGAGUCGUCGGCCGCCGCCAUCCGACGCGACGACAGCUCCACGUCGCUCGGCUCCACCAUGUUCGACGCUCGCGGCCUCCUGAGGAAUGGCAACGAACGCCCUUGGGACGAAUGUUCGGUGGCCACGUCGCAAGUGCCGUUCGUGGUGACGUAUGACCAGGCCUCGGACGACGAGCCGGAACGCGGAACGUGGACCGGCAAGUUCGACUUCCUCUUGUCCCUGCUGGGAUACUCGGUGGGCCUGGGCAACGUCUGGCGAUUCCCCUACUUGUGCUACAAGAACGGAGGAGGCAAGUAG